AUGAGAGUUGACCAAGAAGGACGUUCCAUUCGUGUGGUCUACUGCUGCUGCCGAAUCAUUCGCUACAGUCAGAUCAGAUCCUACAUUGUUCAACGUUGCAUCUUUUUUUAUCCAGAUCUACCAGUAGUUAUUUCAACUGACGCAUCAGAAUACGGGUUAGGAGCUGUCCUUAUGCAGAUGAAGGAUGGAAAGGAGGUUCCUAUCUCUUACACUUCCCGUACGCUUACUAAAUCUGAGAAAAACUAUUCUGUUGGCGAGAAAGAAGCUCUCGCAUGUGUAUGGGCUUGUGAAAAGUGGUUCCAGUACGUGUGGGGCCGCCAUUUUGUUCUUCGCAUAGAUCAUCAAGCUCUUACUACAUUGUUGUCAACGAAGGGGACAGGACGUCAGUCUAUGAGGAUCGCUCGAUGGGCUACGCGUCUGCUACGAUUCAACUACACCGUCGAGUACAUUCCAGGUCUACAGAAUCAUGCUGCUGAUGCAUUAUCGCGAUUACCACAGCCAACGCCUUCAGUCUUUGAAGAUGAUGAUCAUGAAGUUGUGAUCCAGAGCAUAUUCGCGGAAGUUACCAUAUCAAAAGCAGAGUUACAACGUGCAACGGCUUCUGAUUCAAUUCUACAACGUGUGAUGGAGAAGAUUUCACAUGGUUGGUCAAAAGAAUCAAGCAAAGAUAGUUCACUCAAAGCAUAUUUCAUGAUUCGCGAUGAGCUUACAAUCAUUGAUGAUUGCGUGUUUCGUGGUAAUAGAGUUGUCAUUCCCAAAUCACUUCAUGCAGUCUUGAUUACAAAUGCGCACUCUGCACACCAAGGAAUAGUGCGUACAAAGCAACGCUUACGUGAUAUUUAUUGGUGGUCAUGUAUGGAUAGGAUGAUAGAGGAUGCUAUUCAUAAUUGUAGUUUGUGUCAAUCAAGUGAUAAGGUUUCACAUACUCGUAAUACUCCCUUACAGAGUGUUCCUCUUCCUGAUGGACCUUGGAAGAAAAUAGGUAUUGACAUAACAGGUCCAUUCAAUACUACAAAACCUUCAUACAAAUAUGCCAUUGUAGCCAUAGAUUAUUACUCCAAAUGGCCAGAGGUUGCUUUUGUUUCUGAAGCGACUACACAUUCGGUCAUUACAUUCCUUACACAAGUGUUCGCUAGGGAAGGUAUUCCGGAAGGUAUUCCUUCUGAAGUUGUUACUGACAAUGGUGUUCAAUUUGUAUCUAGUGAAUUUGAAGAUUUCCUAAAGAAGCUAGGUAUUUCACAUUCCAAAGCAUCAUUGUACUACCCGCGUUCAAAUGGUGAAGUUGAACGUUGGAAUAGGGUGUUGAAGCAAACACUUCAAAUUGCAACAAUGCAAGGUAAACCAUGGAAGGAAGCAGUCCUUGAAUUGCUUAUGGCAUACCGCGCUACCCCUCAUCAGACCACUGGUACAACUCCAGCAGAGUUGUUACAUGGUCGACCAAUGGUCACGUCAUUACAUGUUCAUGAUGCUAAUGAUGGCAAUAGGCGUGCCGGGGAAGAUACUGAAAUGCGAAGCCAUGUUGGUGCAAAGCAAAAGAAAGCAUGCGAGUACGCUGACAAAACUAGGGGUGCUUCCAUUCCAAAGUUUAGCAUUGGUGAUAAGGUUAGAGUGAAAAGAGUCAAGAAAAAGGACAAUUCAUGGUUUGAGGCACCACAAAAAAUUGUAGCCAAAAAGGGUUUGUACACAUUUGUCUUGGAAGACGGACGUAUUUGGAAUGCCUCAAAACUGACUUUGUUCAGGGAUAGUAGUCAUGUUGAUCAGAGAAAAUCAUACACAGUUAGUGAACAGACUGGAAGUCAUAAUGAAAGACCUAAACGUGACAAAAGAGUACCAGUCUGGACAUAUGAUUAUGUUUCUCAUUGA